AUGGCGAAUGAAAACGAACCAGCGAAGCUGCUGUUACCAUAUCUUCAACGCGCCGAUGAAUUGCAAAAGCACGAACCCCUCGUCGCUUAUUACUGUCGAUUAUAUGCGAUGGAACGGGGGUUGAAGAUUCCGCAAAGCGAGCGCACAAAGACCACUAAUGCUCUUCUCAUCUCGCUCAUGAAGCAGCUUGAAAAGGAUAAAAAGUCCAUCCAGUUAGGGCCUGAGGACAAUUUAUAUCUUGAGGGUUUUGCUUUGAAUGUGUUUGGAAAGGCAGACAAGCAAGAUCGUGCUGGAAGAGCAGAUUUGAAUACGGCUAAAACAUUUUAUGCUGCCAGCAUCUUUUUUGAGAUUCUUAAUCAAUUUGGUGCAGUUCAACCUGAUCUGGAGCAGAAACAGAAAUAUGCAGUGUGGAAAGCAGCUGAUAUAAGAAAAGCUUUGAAAGAAGGAAGAAAGCCCACAGCUGGUCCCCCUGAUGGUGAUGAGGAUCUGUCAAUUCCAUUCAGCUCUUCAAGUGAUAGAUAUGAACUUGGGACUAAUGAAACUACUGUUUCCAGCCACGGACUUGAAUCUGAUUCAUCACCUAGUUAUCAUAACCCUGUCAACUACCAGAAUACACAAGGCAUUCAUCCGGCUCCUAAAUUUCAUGAUACUGUUAAUGAACAACAUUCUUCAAAUAGUCCACCAUCUGUACCAUGUCAUGAUAGGGUAGAUAACAACAAGCAUUCUUCUGUUGUUUCUCCAUCAUCUCUCUCUUACACGCCUGGAGUUUAUCCUUCCCAAGACUAUCCUCCUCCUCCACCUUCACAAGAUUAUCAUUCUCCGCCACAUUCCCAAGAGUAUCAUCCUCCUCCACCUUCCCAAGACUAUCAUCCUCCACCACCUUCCCAAGACUAUCAUCCUCCACCACCUUCCCAAGAUUAUCAUCCUCCUCCAACAUCCCAAGAUUACCAUCCUCCUCCAACAUCCCAAGAUUACCAUCCUCCACCUGCGAGGUCAGAAGGUUCUUAUCCCGAGCUCUACAACCACCAGCUAUACUCAAAGGAGAAUUCACAGCAUUUAGGGCCUAACUACCCUUCUCAUGAAAAUUCUUCUUAUUCCUAUCCCCAUUUUCAGUCUUAUCCAAGUUUUACAGAAAGCAGCCUUCCAUCAGUCCCAUCAAACUAUACUUAUUAUCAAGGGUCGGAUGCUUCAUAUUCUUCCCAGUCGGCUCCGCUAACUACAAGCCAUUCAUCAAGUGCCCAACAUAGUUCCAGCAGCAGAAAUGGAACUGUCGUGGAACCUAAAUCAACUACUCAGACAUACCAGUAUAACAGUAACUACCAGCCAGCACCUGAAAAAAUAGCGGAGGCACACAAGGCUGCAAGAUUUGCUGUUGGAGCACUGGCAUUUGAUGAUGUCUCAAUUGCAGUAGACUACUUGAAGAAAUCACUUGAGUUGCUGACAAAUCCAUCAGCUAGUUAG